AUGCGCAGAGGAAGCCCCAACACACAGGCAAUCCAUGACAUGGGAGGCGUCCCCCGGCCAUACUCGAUGAUGCCACCACCCCAGCAAACCGCCGGCGAACAAGCUUCCAUUCAGCUGUCUCAACAGAUGAAUAAUAUGAUGCAAAUGCAGAUGCAAUGGAUGCAGCAAAUGAUGCAGAUGCAGGGCAUGCAGGGUAUGCAGGGCCAACCAAUGAUGCAAGGCAUGCCAACGCCUCCCAUGAUGAUGCCUGGGGGUAUGAUGGCCCCGCCCCCGAUGAGCCCACCUUCGGUGUCGCCUAAUCCGAACAUGCGACCGAUGUCCAUGCCUGCAGGAUCCGUGCUCAACUUGCCGCCCUCGGUGCCACCCCACAUCGAUCAACGUACAUUAAGCAUGUUAGACCCCAACAUCUCCACUCGUCGGACAGGCUCGCCUAUGCCCAAUCUUUCCGGGAGCCCAUUCCGUCCUCGCAGCGGUUAUGCCCCGUCAAUUGCCCCGUCAGAGCGUAGCAAUGCUGGCCUAGCGCCUCGGUACCGGCCGGUAUCAACCAUGCAACCGGAAUCGAACUACGCAACCGCAUCCCCAAGCAACAAACCCUUUGUCGAUGAAAAUCUCCACCCAUCCAUGGCAAUGCCUCAAUCUCAUAUUCCCAAGUCACAUCUGGCAACGGUGACCGUCCGUCCUGUAUCACGAGGCAGUCGUCCUGGCACUGGCCUCGGAAGCCAGCCUCUCAGCCCCGAGGACGAGGAAAACGACGAGGAGGCCUGGGCUGAUAUGAUCAAGAAACGUGACAAGAAAAAGAGCAGCUGGAAGAUGAAGCGUGGCACGUCUUCAUUCUCGGAUCUGCUGAGUGCUGUGCACUAA